UUCUCAGAUAUAAAAAAUAGAAAUGGAGCGUAAAAUAAUUUCGCCUCAGCCCCAAAUAUUAAAGAUUCUGAAGAUAUUAGAAUCUCUCAGUAAAACAAGGCCUCACCACAUGAUAUUUGAAUCAGAAUUUGGAGAUAUAUUGAUCUGAUCUUCUCUAGAAACAGUCCUGAAUAAGCUUAACUUUGAAAGCCAGGGGAACCCUUAUUUUAGGUUGCUUCUAAAGCUUGUAUGCACUGGAGCAUACACUAAGCAGAUGGCUAUUGAAGAUUUCUUAAGUCUACUAAACCGAAUCUAUACGGACCUGAGAAUGGCAGAGAGGAGGACUGAUAUAAAUUUUGAGUUGUUUGAAAGGAUUUUGGACAAUUUUUGUAGUGAACAAUGAGGGGUUAUUGGGAGGAAGGAGAUGCUGGAAUGUGUGAUUUCGGAGGAUUUGGCAGGAGAUUUGAAGGAGAAAAUGAUUGAGAUUUUGGGAGAUGUGAAUUUUAAGAAUACUCAUGUGGAAAUUUUGAGGCUGAAUAGGAGGAAUAUGCCAAUUAUAUCAGCAUAUGACUCAUACCUAAUCAAGCUCAAUAAGACCCAAGCUCACAAAUCUCAAAUAUCUCAGCUUGAAAAAUUCUGAAUAAUCUCGAGUACAAUAGACUCUCACACAGCUGCCUUCACAAAGCCAUUACAAAGCAUCCCUCAGACUUCUCUCCAAGACUCUCUUCUAGCACUAGGAGUGACCACUGUAAUCCUAGACAACGUGGACGCAUCAGACUACAGCUUGAUCCCAAAUGUGUACGCUUGUUGUGACCCUGAAUACCUUAAAGACUUCAUCCAUCACUCAUCAAAUUCCUCUCAGAAGAGCCAUAAACUUCUACAGCUUGAUCCUCAUGAAACAGGAGACCUAACUCCUUUCAUCAUGCAUGCAAGUAUUUGUGUAGUUGGGCCCUCAACCGUGGCUGGGGGUGCUGACCAGAAAGGCCUAGUACCCACUUCUUCAAAAUCAGAUUACUUAGCAAUUGCGCUUAAAGAUCAGCCGGUAAAGACAGUUGUAGUAAAUGAGAUUAUAUCAUGAGUCAGUGAUAAUAUAAUUAACUCAGUACAUAAAGCUAUCAGAUGCUUCUCUUCAUGUGAAGCUCAAGCAGUUGAUUUAGCAAGAUUUUCAGAGUUCUUAGCAGACAUAGAUAUUUUUAAUACCACAUUGUGCAGUCAGAAUAGUAAAUUAAGCCAGUCAGAUGAGCCUAGCGGCCCAGAUCUUCGACGGAAUCUCUAUUUAACUCAGAUUUUCAAGAUAAUAAGCAGAUAUUUUGGGGCUAGAGUACUGUCUUUAGGGCAAAUAGUGACCCAAGAUGAAGGACCAGUGUGGGUACCCGAACAUAUCUUUAAGGAAUUCUUUAGAAAUCUCAUCAAGACUUGUAUGUGAUUGAACAGAUUAUCUUAAGAAAAAUAUCCAAUAUCUUCAA